UCGUCAUUUCCACGCGACAAGGGCGGGCGAUUUGAGCGGACUCACCGAAACUAAGAUAGCAGUGUUUUUAUUUUUGAAAUCAAAACGGCAAAGGUAGACCGUUUUAUUUGAACUGAAUGUCUAUUUGAACUGCGGAACACGUCGAAACAAAAUGUCCGCGUCUAAUAAGCUCGACGUCUCCCUGCGGAGACGGUCACCGCGGUUGAGUUCUCCUCUUCAGGCUAACGUAAAAACGGAUACGAAACCGGCGCAGGGCCCUGUGGCUGUUAAACGCUCAAUAACAGUGAGGAAAAUCGCUCCCAGAAAAACAACCGCGCCAUCGGAGCAUAACAAGGAGAACACACCGAGGUUGUCGGAGACGGAUGGCAGCCAGCAGAAGAAACAGAGGGCGUCCGACCUGGUUCCCAUCCGGACCCGCCGCAGCUCCUCGACUGGGGAGAAAGAGAAGAAGAAGGCCGCUAUGCCCUCACCGAUACUGCCCUCAUCACCGCCGCCCUCUCGCCCCCAACAGCCGGCGUUGGAUCCAGAGGACGAGGUGUGGUCACAGAAAGUUCGCCGGUCCUACAGCAGGCUCAGCGACAAGUCAUUCAGCAGCCCCGACUCAAAAGAUAAUUUAUUCGGCUUCGAGAAGUUGCACACCCCGGAGGUUUUCCAGAGAGUCCGACAUUCCAAGGCAGAUCUUGAAGGCUCCGGGUCCUUGUCUGGUCUCAACUCAUUCAUGUCUAUGCUUGAGGCGGAAGACUGCGGUCCGGCUUUCCCCGAGCAGGAUCCAAACAUCCCCGGAGUGGCUGUGGUGAAGGAGAAGAAGAAGAGGAGGAGGAAGGUGCAGCAGAUGAACACCACGGAGCUGGACGCACUGGCUGCAGAGAUGAACGCAGUGUUUGAGCAAGCAGAAGAGUUUGAUCUGGUUGUGGAGUAAAACAAACCUAAGACACUUGGACAAACUGAAGGAACAAUUCUCUUAUUGUUGCAUGUUGAUUUUCUCACUGACAUGUCGGAAAAUUACUUUUUGGGAGUGUUUUAUAUUCAAAACGGAUACGUUUUUUGUAUACUGCAAGUUUCUUAAGAUGUACAUGUUGUGUCUUUGACUUUUGCUGUUUUGCUCUUAAUUUAAAUGUCCUUAAUGGUGAGAUUUAGAUCAUUUAUGUAGACAUAGACACGUAUUGUUUUGAUUUGACCAGUAGUUAGAUAAAUAAACCAAAAGCAUGUUUUUUUCCUAUUAAAUGUUAACUUUUACGUGACUGAUAAUUGCUUUAGUCACAUUUCAAGCAAAAAAGUGCCAUAUAUUCUGCUGAGUCAUGCCUCUCAGACAUGGUAAUCCGCUGUGUUUCUUUAGGAUGUAUCAUAUUUGACAUGUACAGUAGUGUUUCUGAUACAAACCAUCUUUAAUUUUGACCUUGAUUUAGAAUGAUAAAACUACAUUUAUACGCAUGUUUAUAAACAGGCUUUGGCCAUGUUUACUGUCUCCAUUUUGUACUGGUUGAUUAUUCAGGAGAUCCAUUGUGGAAGACAAAAACCGUUGAAGCUGUCUGAACACAAUAAAAGAGUUCCGCUCAGAACUAGCA